AUGGCAGACAAGAAACCCGUCAAGUUCUUUUGGACACAUUUGUCCAGCCGCAAAGAUGGCAAAGAGAAGGAUGGAGUCAUCAAGCUGAAAGUACCGUCACAAACACACGUGUGGAGACACACAGAGGAAGAUGGCUCUGUCAACAAUAGCCCCUUUUACUUCCGAAAGAUUGCAGGAGACUUUGAAGCCACUGUGAAGGUAACUGCCAAAAUGCAAACAUGGCUAGACCAAUGUGGGCUCCUCCUACAAGAAAAAAGAGGGAUCUACACCAAAGUCGCACUGGAAUAUCACGAGCCACCAGAUGGUGGUGAGAGUGGCUUGAGACAUUUUGCUUGCUGUUAUGUUCAUCCAGAAGAAUGGCAGUUUGAGCGAUCGCUGAGUCCAUAUCCUGGACAAUUUCAUCGUGGUGAUCCAAAAUAUAGCCAUGCAAUGCUCGAGGGUAACGUUAACAAAGUGUGGCUCAAAUUGAGUCGAUUGGAGGGUUAUAUUGAAGCCAACUACAGUCUGGAUGGAGAAGACUGGCAGGAGCUAAAGGCUGCAAAAUUCUCAGAUGCGGAAACACUAAGCAUUGGUGUCUUUGGUGCUUCUCCAGGAGGGGAUAAGCUGGGUUUUAAGUGUUCCUUUGAAAACUUCUCGGUGGUGGAGGAUGAGGAUAUUAGCGAAAGUGAAGAGGAAGAACCGGACGAGGAAUCCUGUCCCGAGGAAGAGGUUCCCGAGGAAGAAGGAGAAUUUGAGGACUACGAAGAAGAUGGCCAAGCCGGCGGAGAAGAAGCAGAGGAGGAAGAGGAGUUUGAAGAUUACGAAGAUGAAGAUUAUGAUGAUGAUGAGCUGUCUCAAGGGGAGGUCUUCAAAGGCCCAAAACUGGGUGAACCUCCUAGCUUAGGGAUAGCAGGUAUGGAAUCCGAGUCUGGUUUCGCAGCAUUUGAAGAUACUGAAGAUGAGGAUUCGGAGUAA